AUGCGUCAUUGGUGUAAAGAGAAAGAUCUUCCGGUAGCAGACCCAUCUGGCUCUUCUUCUGUUAUUAAGCAAGAACUUGACACGAAGCUAUCCCCUGAAGUUUUGUGGGGUCAAAAAAACUUGAUUGAUAUCCAAUCACCCACAGAAAGCGAAAACAGUCCCUUGUAUGGUACUCGCAUUCAAAAGCUCAAUCAGAAGGCCUAUCCAAGGACCCCUUUAUCAGCACCUUCACCGAAUGCUAUAAUAGACCAAUUAGAAAAUACUAACUCCAAUCGUCCAAGAUCACAUUCAUCAAUGCAUAGUUCCACCCAAAUGGCCGAGUGCAAUUCAAAAUUACCGUCACCCCACGCUCAAUGUCUUAGUAAAGAAGUUAGUAUAGAUUUGACCUCGUCUGGUAUCUCGCAGGAAAUUUUAACAAGAUUACAUCUAAAUAAUAGUUCAUCUAAAAAUGUGGACUAUACGCCACCGAAUUAUCCCAGUGCUACAGAAAUCUUGUCACCAACAUGUUCAUCAACACCUACGAUGGAAGCGGACAGUAGUGUGGUGUCAUCAUCAGGUCAGUUCUUAGAAUAAGGCGGGGGGUAAUCUUCCUUUCUUGCAGCUGAGAGCUAAGCUGAAUUGCGAAGGACGCAGCUCAACUUGAUCGAGGCAAAGGCUUUCUAAUUAAAGCCAAUAAAGGUGCCUCUGGCAGCCACCGUAUCCGGUCCGUAUGACUCACGUUUGACCACGGAGUACAACUACGGUGGAAUGGUCAGUUUGGGGGCAUAUCCCAAUCCGGUGUACCCGGAGACUGCCUAGUGAAAACAGGGUGGACUUUCGUCUACGCAUGCGCGAGAAACGUAAGCGUGGAGUGCACGUGAGCGCGGGUUAAUCGCGUGACUGAAUUAUAAAAACAAACAUCAAAUUUGCCAAAACUACUCGUGUUAUGAAGUCAUUUUCUUGUUUCUUUAGUGUUUCUACGCUCACAAUUUUAGGCAUUUCCAACUUAGAAGUGUUUGCUUUGGAAUAAGAACGUGAAAGUAGAAAUAAAAACUUUGUUGCAGCAAUUUAAUUUCGCAGUGCAAAUAUACCUGUUUGUAAUAUGUAUAUCCUUUUCGAAGUGAGAUAUACAAGUGCAAAUUGACCUUCUUUAAAUUCGUACUUGCCCUAUUUUUCACUCCAUAAAAACUACUUUUAUCCAUGGAGAAACUAUUUGACUCUAAAAAUAAGCUUGAAUUUUUGUGGUGAUAUAGGCUAGUUUCUUUGCAAACAGUGAUUUAGUACUCGGUAGUGUAGUUGUUUAUGAACAAAAGUCUAAAAUGAAUUCAACAUUCGUCAACAAAAAGGAGUCGCGCUUAUUACUAACAACAAAUUGCCACGAAAUACUACACCGAACGGUCAAGUUUCUCUGCAAAGAUCGCCCCUUUGCCCAAUUUUCCUCGAGUAGAUCAUCGUGUUUUUAAGUCAAGGAUUAUGUAUACUUUAACAUAAAAGAAUAAAAAAAGUGGUGAUAAAGGGUAGAUUUUGAAUAAAAUACGAAUAUCUGUAUACAAGAUCUGAGCGUUAUUAUGAAGCACUCAAUACUUUCUCCAACAACAUAUUGCGCUUAUUUUUUUACAAAAGAGAGGUUAAGAUACCCCGGUUACGGGUGAUAUACACGUACCCGUAAAUCGGGGAACGACUUGUAACUUAAGAAAUCCAAGAUAUUCCGGCGUGUGAAAACCGAUCAGAGAAUGGUAACUUUCGCUGUUGAGGUUCGCCAUAAAUUGUUGAAAACUUUGACGAGCAUAUAUGUGCAUUAUUUAUUUGGGUAAGAUGUUUAAAAUUUUUACUAUUUAAACGGCCCACAUAUAGUAAACAGAAAACACCCGUACCCGUUUGUCUUUUACGUGUAGACCUUGGUUUACCGCGGGGAAACGGGUAGAAAUUACGGGUAAAAAUGCUGACAUCAGCAAAAAUUGCUAAACAAAAUGGCGAUACUCGUACCCGUAAAUCGGAACCAGGGUAUCUUAACCUCUCUAAAAUUAAAAAUAUUCACACAUUAAAGAUAUGAAAAUGUAGCUUGCAUUACAAAGAAAUGUUGGCUUACCUAAGUUAUACCUUACACGUCGAUUAAAGUCAAAUAAAGCCCUUUCAAAGACGCGUGCCACAUUAAACUACAGGUCACAUGGCGGUAGAGAACUCGACGAAGUAUUCACGAUAUUUCAUAGCCAGUUCAAACGCCACUGUGUACUAUUCCUGUGAAUUAUGAUGCCCAACACACCGGGUAACACAAUUUACCACUUUGUUCGGCUGUUCCAAGUACACUUUUAAGAUACAAGGUACGAUCAUAUCAUGUUCUUCGAAGCAUCUGCUCAAAACAGUACAACAUAAAUAUCGCCACUCAUCUUCUUCGUAUGAAAAUAUAAGUUUUCCUUUCAAUUGCUUUGCUUUAAAAACAGUCAUUAGGUUGAUGAAGAGUUAGUAUAUGACUUCCAACAAAGAUUACCCUAUUGCUUUCAAAAAACCAGUGAAUCACAAUGCAGAAAAGUUCAACAUCCUUAGAAAUUGUAAGCCAAACAUCGAAAAACAAAAUUUGCGGGAAAAAGCUCACGAGCCCACACUAUUUUUAUGCAGCGUCGACGAAAGUCCACCCUGUUCCUAGUUAGCCUGCUCACAGACUCUAUAUAGUUCCUAGUGAACUAAUUAAGCCGGUUUUCCACUGGGCGGAAUUUUGCGCGCCGAGCGGAAUUUUUCUUUGUCUUGUGAUUACUCGGGUGGAACUAAUUAGAAAAAACAAAGAAAGAUUCCGCUCCGCGCGCAAAAUUCCGCCUAGUGGAAAGCCGGUUUUCCACUAGGCGGAAUUUUGCGCGCGGAGCGGAAUUUUUCUUUGUCUUGUGAUUUCUCGGGUGGAACUAAUUAGAAAAGACAAAGAAAAAUUCCGCUCGGCGCGCAAAAUUCCGCCCAGUGGAAAACAGGCUUAACGCUCAAAACUUUCCCCUUGACAAGUGAAAUCGUCAGGCGUUGCGAGUUACGAGUUAAAUAGAGUCACUGCCAUUGUGGUGUAAUGGUUAAUGCCAUUCCAUGUUUUUAAGUUUUUUCUGUAGCAGCACAAUGGCAUACGGAAUAAAAACCAAGGUAAUUCUUUUCUGUAGAAAACGUUCUGUGCGUUGGGACGCGAGUAUUAGCCGCAUGGGAUCGAUUCAGAUAUUACAAUGGUAAGCGCUUGUCAGUGCCACACACUAGCGGGGAAGGGAGGCUUUCCUUAAUACAUUCUUGAAAACGUUGAUUCUUGAAUCGUUACGAUGAUACCUGAUUAAUAUUGUAUCUAAGAUUGAAAAUUAUUUUCAAUUUUGGUUCUAAGUUGCAGGAAAGAGCUAAACGCAAUCAACCCUGUCUUAACGAAAUAUCUUCCUGACACCUCAAAAACACAGAUUUCUCUAAUACAAAUAUCUCUCUAAUACAAAUAUCUCUCUAAUACACCCAUCUCUCCAAUACAAACAUCUCUCUAAUACAGAAAUCUCUCUAAUACAGACAUCUCUCUAAUACAGGCAUCUCUCUAAUACAAAUAUCUCUCCAAUACAAACAUCUCUCUAAUACAGACAUCUCUCUGAUACAGACAUCUCUCUAAUACAGACAUCUCUCUAAUACAGACAUCUCUCUAAUACAGACAUCUCUCUAAUACAGAAAUCUCUCUAAUACAAAUAUUUCUCUAAUACAAAUAUCUCUCUAAUACAAAUAUCUCUCUAAUACACCCAUCUCUCCAAUACAAACAUCUCUCUAAUACAGAAAUCUCUCUAAUACAGACAUCUCUCUAAUACAGGCAUCUCUCUAAUACAAAUAUCUCUCCAAUACAAACAUCUCUCUAAUACAGACAUCUCUCUGAUACAGACAUCUCUCUAAUACAGACAUCUCUCUGAUACAGACAUCUCUCUAAUACAGACAUCUCUUUAAUACAGAAAUCUCUCUAAUACAAAUAUCUCUCUAAUACAAAUAUCUCUCUAAUAUAAAUCUCUAAUACAAAUAUCUUUCUAAUACACCCAUCUCUCUAAUACAGAUAUCUUUCUAAUACAGCCAUCUCUCUUAUACAGCCAUUUCUCAUGCAGACGUCUUUCCAAUACAGACAUCUCUCUAAUACAGACACUUCUCUAAUACAGACAUCUCUCUAAUACAGGCAUCUCUCUAAUACAGGCAUCUCUCUAAUACAGACAUCUCUCUAAUACAGACAUCUCUCUAAUACAGACAUCUCUAAUACAGACAUCUUUCUGAUACAGACAUCUCUCUAAUACAGACGUCUUUCCAAUACAGACAUCUCUCUAAUACAGGCAUCUCUCUAAUACAGACAUCUCUCUAAUACAGACAUCUCUCUAAUACAGCCAUCUCUCUAAUACAGCCAUCUCUCAUACAGACGUCUUUCCAAUACAGACAUCUCUCUAAUACAGGCAUCUCUAUAAUACAGACAUCUCUCUAAUACAGCCAUCUCUCUAAUACAGCCAUCUCUCAUACAGACGUUUUUCCAAUACAGAGAUCUCUCUGAUACAGGCAUCUCUAAUAAAGACAUCUCUCUAAUACAGACAUCUCUCCAAUACAGACAUCUCUCCAAUACAAACAUCUCUCCAAUACAAACAUCUCUCAUCUUAGGGGCUGUUUAUAUGGUCCCGCUUACCCGGGAUUCAAUAAAGUGUGACGUAUUUUGAGCAACUUAUAUAAGUCGCACUUCAUGAUCUAACAAAAUUGCUUGUUACAGAUUGUAUGAAAUUCCAUGUUUUAGACAAAAAAACUAAUGUUGAAUGCUAUUAUCGUCUUCUUCCACUACAUAACUUCUAGCGCGUUGCUAAUUUCGUUUAAACAAUAUUUAAAGUUAUCUAACUUUUGUUUAGGGCUGAAACGCGUAUUUCAAUUGCUCAAAAUACGUCACACUUCAUUGAAUCCCGGGUAAGCGGGACCAUACAAACAGCCCCUAAUACAGGCACCUCUGUAUUACUGAAACGUCUCCAAUACGGACAUUGUCCUCUAUUACGUGCAGUUUCGAAUGGCCCCAAAACACAUAAUUCUCAUAUAAAAAACCCUGAGAGCUUCAUCCUAUUCAGGUGUUAUAUACAAAAUUGAUGACGAAAGAAUACAUGUUGCCUUUGAUAUGGGUGGUCUGAAGAAAUACCCACUGGAUUGUAAAGAUAAGAUAGUGAUUGAUCGAAAGGCACUUCCAAAUGAACUUGUGAAGGACACUCCAAUACUUGUGAAACGUGCAAGAACAAAGGCGUUGUAUAAAGGUAUCUGAAUGCGGAGUAGCAGAUUAUAUAAUAUUUUCGUCGCUGGUUAGAUGGUAAAAAUGUUGACACUGUGGUAAGAGCAAUAACACUAAACCCAGUCAGUCAGUUAACCAGGCAGGUAUGGAUCAAGCCAGGUCUGGUAUCAGAUACUGGGAGACAGACUAAGUCCUAUUUAGUAUAUCAUAAAUAUCAAUACAAACAAAUCCAUACACAAUCUUCAUGUAGAUAUAUAGUGUUGCCUCAUUUUGUCUCUAUUUUAACUCUUGCACAUGUCUGUCCAAACUUUUAAAACUCUGAAUUUGAUAGGGGAAUUCCAACACCUCUUCCAGCCCCUUUGCUAAGACUAGGAGGGGAGCACACCCCUAUUACCAUUCCCCACCACCCAGUAAAGCCAUGCAAGCAGGCAGUCAAUGAGUCACGGAAAGAAAAUAAACAUUGUAUUGGUGCAAGGUAGGAUGUUUUAGGAAUUGUAAAUUUGUAUUGCAGGACAAAUACAAUCCUCAGGGACAAUGAGAGGAUAUUGCAUCAUAUUUGAUGACCCGCGAAGAGACAGAGAGUGGAAGAGAACAAAAAGCUUGCGAGUUAUUACAGAUAAUGUCGUGGUGAAAGGUAGGGCUUUGCUUUCGGGUUGGGAGGCAAACACAGAUUAUAGUUAAUAUUAAUUAGCCUUUCUCACGAUGACGAAUAUCCUCCAUUUUUGGGUGGCAUCAAAUUUUCAUUAUCCAAUGCAGACAAUUAAAACAAUGUGAAAAGCAAUUUUUCAAAAUAAACUAACCAUUUACAAAGCAAAUUUACCAUCAUUCGUCCAAAAAAAUUGUAAAAAGUCGCUGUUAUGUGGACUUAUCGCACAGACUUCAGCUGAAAUGCCACCCAAAAAUGGCGGCGUGAGAAAGGCUAAUUUAGGAAAGCGCUCGAGAGAUUGUUAACUUAAAGAAAUAUCCGGAAACAGACCACCUUGAUUCUAUUAAAAUUCGAAAGGGUUUAGCUUAAGCACUAUCGCGGCGAGAAAACUUUACAGUCACCAACAAAGAGCGAAAACAUUGCCGCCACCACAACCAAAUGGUCCAAAUGGGUAAAGACUAACACUUAGCAUAACAAUCGUGCUGUCGACCCAUGAUUCCGUUAUCGAAAUGUUCUAAUGGUGAGCUUUACGCCUGGUUUAGUCACACUAGCAAUUCUAUCGGGGAUUUUUCUCUUCCUGGCAAAUGUGAUCAAAUAAAUGAUAUACAAAAGACUUAGAAUUGUCUACUUCUGAAAUGCGACUCUAUACUUUUAUAUGCGAGUUCACUCAUUUGCAUCCGUCAGAAACACAAAAUCGCCGACAAAAUUGCUGGUGUGAACCAGGCUUAAGCAAGCGACGUUUUUGUCAACACGGAGGUCAUCCAAAAAUGUAAGGAAGCAAAAAACGUAUGUUUUGUCAGAUGUGUUAAAGAUUACCACAAACUGAUACAAACACAGUUUUUAAUCCAGUCUCUCCUUGGCAAUCUGACGUCCUUGUUGACAAAAACGUCGCUUGCUUAAGCUCUGUUAUUUUUUUAUUGUUUUGAAAAUCCCCCAAUUCGCCAUGUCAAUCGGUCGCCGUUGUUGAUUUCUUUAUACUUGUUUCCUAAGUACGAUUCUUGUUGCAAAAAAGUUAUGUAUGUUUAAUGGCUAAAAGAACGAAGCAAUUUCGUUGUUCUGAACACGAAAUAAAAAGGUUAUCCACAAACAGCAAAAACUUAUUUGAGCGUUUAAAAACUACUUAAUUAAAGUAGAAAACCAAAUGUAGGUAGGCCAAACAACUACGGCAGAUGAUUUGACAAAAUAUUUAUGACCAAAAUACGCAAAAGAUGACAUAAAUGAAGGUCACAUGCCUUUUGGUUGUCUUCAUAAAUGUCUUUCGUUGUUGAUGGUAAGCCUGGAUUCAACAUUUUUAACAAUAUGUUUCCAUGGUUUCCCGCUACGAUUUAAGGUAAUUUAUGAGCCAAAUACACGCGCAUAUGUUAGUAGUAUGUUAAUCCCAUGCAGAACCUCAAACGUCAAAAACCGCUUUUACAGGAGGCCCGAAGCUAGACAAUAGAGAUGACACUUCAUGCACAAGAAAAGAAGAGAAAGCUACUUUUCUAUUCAAUGUUACAUCGAAAAACAAUAAUACUAUAAACUUACCCAGCCAAUCGACAGAACAAGGAUCUCAUAACUUUCAAUACGCAAUCCCAAAGUCAAGAAUAUUCCACUCUGGACUUCCCACUGUGGUACCCUACGGCCAAUCCACUCUCUUGCACUUUCCAGAAAGCACAACGGACGACCGAAGAAUCACGUCAGAGAUACAAUCGCAGGAUGAAUACUCAGUACAACAGUCAAGUAAUCUUUAUAGUCAAGUUUCUACUGGUUUGCAGUCCAAUCGUGCUGGUUUACUGUCCAACUUAACUGAUUUCCACUCCAGUGUAUCUCGGUCAGAAACUAAACUCCAGUCCUGUGUACAUGACUCUCGGUCAAAUGCAACCAGUUACCAGUCCAGUGUUGCCGACCCGCCAGCCAAUCUAACUACUUUCCAAUCCGAUUUUGCAGGCUCUCGGUCAAACCGAACUUGUUUCCAGUACGAUGGUUUAGACCCAUGGACAAACUUGACUAGUUGCCAGUCCACCACUGGUUUUCAUUCUCAUGAGGCCAAUUUUCAAUCAAAAUUUUCCCAAGAUAUUUUGAACUAUUUCCCAAAACGGCAAAAUGUAUCGUCUAGUAUGGAAAGAAAAAAUAUGAACUGUACCGUUGGAAACAUUCAUUCUCCGAUAAUGAACAUGGCCGGUAACAAUCACCAACGUUUGAUGCCACUAUAUAUUGGCGGGACAACAUCAGAUGGGAAUGCCGUUAACUACCCACUACCAACUCACUCCGCUACGCCAUCGCCUUUUACCGUAGGGGCGACAGAUUACCACGUAUUUGUACCAAUUGAGGGACCCAGGUGCGGCGAUAGCAGUGAAAUUUUUAGCUAUGAAUCUGAAGAUGCACCUAAAGUCAAUUGGCCAAGCGGUUCGUCGAUGGUUUAUAAUCAGGAAAGCGAAAGUGUUUUGACCAAGUACAACUCAAAUUUGUGGCCAAGUUUUUAUACAACUGAAGAACGAUCCCCUUGCUCUUUUCAGGAUGGGAUUUGUACUCCAAACAAGCCAAGACGUCUUCCAAUCUCGUCAGACUACGCGGCGUUUAAUCAAGACAUGACCUACUCCAUAAAACAGGAACAAAAAAGUCCUUGCCGUUUCUUAGUUCCUUCCAAGAUAAACACAUUGUCCAACCCCUCUUACUACGACACCCAAUGUUUCCGUCAGUUCGACUCUCCAGAGGGUAAUGUUUAUGGGAAGAAAUAUUUUCGUGAGGUUUUGUCCACGUGCUCGACAUCCACACAUUCAACAAGACCCACACGCGCAAUGGAAUCUGAGCAGAUGAUGGAAGAUAUUAGUCCCCCAUUGUGUUGUCGGGUUCCAUUACAACCACUGAUGUCUACCACAGAUGGAAUGGGAUCCGCUUAUACAAUCGCACCUGCAUAUCAGGCAAAGCUCGCGUAUUUCAUUCCUCCCAUACAUCUGGAACCCCCGACAUAUCCGAAUUCACCUGCGAAUUUUACACCCGCUUACCCGACACAACCCGCGUUCCCGGCACAACCCGCACCCCCACAGCCGGCACAACCUCCACAGCCGACACAACCCCCACACCCAACACAAUCCGCAUACCCGACCCAACGAGUACACCAGAUACAACCCGCCCACCUGACAACACCAAGUUUGCCGUCAUACCCGUACAUGCCUUUAAUUACAGAAGUGGAAUGCUCGGCGCAACUCGCUAGUUUGAACCAAACAGAAAUGAACAAUUCACAGUAUUUAAGUUCAACUAAGACAUCUCAAAACGCUAAUUGUGAAUGGCUUGAUGAACAAGACUUUGAAAAUCCCAACGCAGCGCUAGCUGUCUAUUUUCCACCAACCGGACAAAAUUACACGUUUCAAUCGUUGUCAAAAGUUUCCGGUAAAAACGGCGAACACGAUCGUAGAAGACCAUCUGAAAGCCCCUCCUCUCCUGUUACUUUUAACAGUCAACCAAAUGAAUGUUCCGAUUUCAUUAAGUUUCCACUCACACGAGAAGAGCGGAAGAGAAAAAUAUUAUCGGCGUUCGGUUUUGAAAAUGUUCAAACGUCAACGUCGUCCAAUUCCUCUAGUAAGUUCAGCAAGGUGGGUGAAGAAGAAACGAUUCCUACGUCCAAAAACAUUAUAAAAAAUAACAGCACAUUACCACUGGUGUCAAAGUCGAAUGACUCGAUUCACCCUUCACAGGAAUCUGCCACAACGUCAACGGAUGCAAAUGUCUCUCGUACAGCACAGGACACCACGGCGUCCAUCAGGAAAGACGGCGAAUCUGACGACGUACAUUGUUGUUUACUAUGCGACGAGAUCAUUAAUGAAAAUUACAUUGAACCAAAUUUUGAAACAUUACCCCCAAAGGAAAAAUCGAAAGAGGAAAUGGCUGUUCAAUUGCAAAUAACCAGUCAACAUGUAGGAGUUAAGUUUGUUGACGAGGCUACGAUUUUCCUGUACUCCGAAGCACAGCCGUCAAGAUUCUUGACUUGUCUUUAG